CGUUUCUCUGCCCCUCCAACGAGGCUCACAAUCCUGAGGGAUGGUUUUACAUGAGGAGAGCCGGGGUGUACUUAAGAACAGAGACGAGGCACACAUCAUGCAACACAUCUGACUCUUUCAGGCCACAUCGUUGCAGCACUGGCCAUGGUGGAAAGAACCGCAACCGCACCCGCACACGCACCCGCACCGACCUACCCCCCGUCUCCGUCCCCGGAGCGGUCGGAGCAUCGGCCGAGCCACUCGAGCGCGUCCAGUACCGUGGUGCAUGAUGAUGUCGAGAAACAGAAUGUAGAGCCUUCGGCCGAGGCUGGGAAAGAUCCGAACAUCGUGGACUGGGACGGGCCGGAUGAUCCGGUAUGUUAUUGUCUUGUUGUGUCGAACUUCUCUGGCGUUCUGGAGAGAGUUCUGACGAAUCGAAUUCAGGAAUAUCCCCCCAAUUGGUCGGAACUCCGCAAAUGGACCAUCACGAUCAUUCUGGGUCUGAUGACCGUCUCCGUGACAUUCGCCUCGUCCGUCUUCAGCGCCGCGGCGGCGGUCACGGCGGAGCAAUUCGGGGUGUCCGAGGAAGUGAUGAUCCUGGGGACCAGCCUGUUCGUGCUGGGGUACAGCUUCGGCCCGCUAGCGUUUGGCCCGCUGUCCGAACUGUACGGGCGCAAGGCCCCGCUGUUCGUGGGCUUCUUCAUCUUCGCCAUCUUCCAAAUCCCCGUGGCAGUGGCCCAGAACCUGCAGACGAUCUUCGUGUGCCGGUUUCUGGGGGGGUUGUUCGCCAGCGCCCCGCUGGCCAUCGUGGGCGGCAUGCUGGCCGAUUUCUUCGAUCCGGUGGAGCGCGGCAUCGCCAUGGCCGUCUUCGCGGGCAGCACGUUCGUGGGCCCCGUGGCGGGCCCCAUCGUCGGCGGGUUCAUCACCAUGUCGCAUCUCGGGUGGCGCUGGACCGAGUACAUCACCGCGAUCAUGGCCUUCUUUUUUGGCGGUGUGGGCUUCCUGAUGGUGCCCGAGACCUUCGCGCCGGUGCUGCUGCAGCGCCGCGCGCGGCGGCGGCGCCACGAGACGCGCAACUGGGCGCUGCAUGCGCGCGCGGAGGAAGAGCCGGUCGAUCUGAGGAGUAUCGCGCACCGGUACCUCGUGCGGCCGAUCCACAUGCUGUUCCUCGAGCCGAUCCUGCUGCUGAUCACGCUGUACAUGGGCUUUAUCUAUGGGUUCCUGUAUCUGUGCUUCGAGGCCUAUCCGAUCGCCUUCCAGGAGAUGCGCGGGUGGAAUGAGGGCGUCGGGGCGUUGCCGUUCGUCGCGGUGACGUGCGGCGUCCUGGUCGGGUGCGGGAUCAUUAUCACAUUUACGAAGACCCGGUUCCAGGCCGUCCUCCGCCGCAAGGGGCAUAUUGUCCCCGAAGAGCGGCUGAUUCCCAUGAUGAUCGGGGGGGUGUUGUUGCCGGCGGGCAUGUUCUGGUUCGGGUGGACGUCCAAUCCGUCGAUCUCCUGGGUGCCCCAGGCCAUUUCGGGGGGCUUCCUGGGCGCGGGGAUCUUGUUGAUUUUCAUGCAGGGCCUGAAUUAUAUCAUCGACUGCUACGGCGUCAACUCCAACUCGGCCAUCGCAGCCAACUGCUUCUUCCGGUCGGGGCUUGGGGCGGGGUUUCCCAUGUUUGCGUUGCCCAUGUUCCACAACCUGGGGGUCAACUGGGCGAUGACGCUGCUGGGAUGCUUGACGGCCAUCUUGUUCCCGGUGCCGAUUCUGUUCUAUAUCUUUGGGAAGCGGAUCCGGUCGUGGAGUCGGUUUAGUCCGAGUGAAGCGUAGUGAGGACUGGUGAUGGCGGGUUCUUGUUCUUGUAUAUAUUGGCUGGAAUGUGCACGUAGGGAUUUUGAUGAGAGUAUGAUUGAUUUUCUUUGCCUCCAAUUUUGUCAGAUUGUCUGUGGUUGUCCCAGACGGAGCACUUGUGCCUGGCUUUGCUUUCACCUUAGACCCAUAGCUCUGCCAAACGUCUGUUGAUAGCAUGGAAGUAUUCAUUAUCCUGG